AUGGCGCCAACAGAAAUGACCGUCGAGAGGAAGAGAGAAGCUGACAUGACGGUGAUCCCUAACGGUAGAAAGAGGGCCUACGUCACGUUCCUCGCCGGAAACCAAGACUACUGGAUGGGUGUGGUUGGUCUAGCCAAGGGACUCCGUAAGGUGAAAUCGGCUUAUCCUCUUGUGGUGGCGAUUCUUCCUGACGUGCCCGAAGAACACCGUCAAAUCCUGGUGACUCAAGGUUGCAUCGUCCGUGAGAUCGAUCCCGUUCAUCCACCGGAAAACCAAGCCGGCUAUGCCAUGGCUUAUUACGUCAUCAACUACUCCAAGCUUCGUAUUUGGGAGUUUGUGGAGUAUGAGAAGAUGAUAUAUCUAGAUGGAGACAUACAAGUAUUUAGUAACAUCGAUCAUCUUUUCGAUACCCCUUGUGGUUACUUGUAUGCCGUCAAGGACUGCUUUUGCGAGGCGACUUGGUCCAAAACUUCUCAGUACCAGAUCGGUUACUGCCAACAGUCGCCGGAAAAGGUGAAGUGGCCGGUGGAGAGUCAUGGUUCUCCGCCACCAUUGUACUUCAACGCCGGUGUGUUGGUAUUUGAACCAAAUCUCCUCACUUACGAGGAUCUCCUUCAAGUUGUGAAAAUCACUCCUCCAACUUCUUUCGCCGAACAGGAUUUUCUGAAUGUGUACUUUAGAGACAUUUACAAGCCAAUCCCUUCGACCUACAACCUCGUACUGGCUAUGAUUUGGCGUCACCCUGAAUGCGUUGACCUUGACCAAAUUAAUGUUGUUCAUUACUGUGCUAAGGGUUCAAAACCAUGGAGAUUUACUGGAGAUGAAGAACAUAUGGACCGAGAAGACAUAAAAAUGUUGGUAAAGAAAUGGUGGGAGAUUUACCAAGACACAAGUUUGGACUACAAGAACUUUGUCGAGACCGAGACCGAGACCGAGUCAAAGCUGAAUCCCAUCAUUGCAGCCUUAGCCUCCAAGGACUCCGGUGGCGAUGGCCUUACGAGCCUCGCCCCUUCCGCCGCAUAA